UAACAUAACCUAAUUUGAACGAGAAGCGACGCGUUACUUAUGAACACAAUUGCGUCGAGCGAAAACAUAAAAAUUUUGGAAUUUUGCAAAUAUCAUUAGUAACGGUUUAAAAUCAAGAAUUUUUUAAGAAACGAAUAUAAAUAGAGACUAAAACUUACCGGAUUGUGUUGCCAGUACGCAUUCUCACCCACUGAGGAAUGGGCCUGUUUUGCUUGAGUUUUUUCGCAAGCUUUCGCUUGAUAAUGAACGUCUUGUGGGCCGCCUGAAAAACACAAUAAAAUUCCUUAAUAUAUCACGUAUCUCACGCACCAUAAAUCGAAACAAUUAUUCCUCUGAUGUCGUUGAUUAACGUGGAUUUAAACAGAACAUUGAAAAAACUCACCAUGUCGACUCCUUGACAAAACGUGAAGAAGAGAAUUUCGUUGAAGAUUGAUGCUUGGCGGCGCCACUAGCGCAGGGUACAGAGCUAAUCAAAUGCACAUCUGUUAAUCGAUCGAAGCGUCACGAGCGUUCGAUGCUGAAAGUACUGUUGGAAUAUUACCCGCCAUCGAGACUUCCGAACUAUCGAAAUCCAAAGUUGUUUGGAUUCUGAGUCCGUUUAUUCGACAACAAAAAUGUACUAAAAUUAUUGAACAAGCGAGCCACUAUAGUUCUUACUAUUAAAAAAUAAUGAUCAUCUAAUUGUACAAAUUUUUUUGACUCCGAACUAAAUAUCGUUAUAAGUGCACAAAUAUAUGGAUAAAAAAAUAACCUGCGAGAAUAUUCUCCCAAUCGCCAUAACCAAAAAUCGAACGUUAUACUGCUUCAAAGUCUUUUCGGCCUCUCGUAGUAAAUCUAAACAAGUUGAGAUUUCAAAACAAUUGUAAUUUCAAUAAAAAUCAACAAAACCUUUUUCUGUCUCGUCUGAAGUUUAAAAAAAAAAAAUAAAAAAAAGGAACCUCCGGUCGAUCUUUCAUCAACGUUCUCAAUCCAUUUAUCAUCUCCCGUGACCCCGAAGCACGUUAGCCGCGGUACAGCGAGAAUCGGUGCAAAUUGGUGGCCAAAGGAGCGAGUGUCAGAUGCGGGGAACCGGUUGUCCCGAGAAUUCGGUGUGCCGAAAGUGUAUCAAGGUCGCGAGCUCCCUUUGAAACAGUGCAUUUGAAAAGCUUCGCGUCCGCGCACGCACAAGACGAAAAAUCACGCAUUCGGAGUUCAAUGGCCAAGGUCAAGGGGGACCACAAGACCGCAUGCUUUUUGGCGUUGAUGGAUCUAGAUGCUCGUCGAAUUACAAUUAACAUCACAAUACCUAACAGUCCCGGGUCUCGUGUCGAGGCUGAUGCUGGCAUUUAAAACCAACGAAAAAAAAUAUUCGUUUUUUUCUUUCUUUUUUUUUUCAAUGUGCCACAGUCUUCGCGAACGGUCGCUAAUCGGCGGCUCGUUUCUACAGAAUAUAAACGGAGGCUCGAAAAAAAAUUCAUUCGAAACGAUGAUUGUCUUUCGCCGAGUAAACUCCUCCUGCAAUCGGCGUGUGUAAUCGCGGGCGACGAAAAAGCAAAAACUAUACGCGAGUGCGCAUGUGUACGCUAUUUAAUCCAUUUCAUGUGUGCAGCGGAGUUUUUAUUUGGACAAACGAAAAAGUGCUCGGCUACCAUCUCGAUAUGCACCGACUUCCGGCACUCGAUUCACUGAUGAUAACGAUGAUAGUGCUAGUCACGUUUCUCACAGGAAGUUGGCCCAAUGUUUCCGCGCUUGGUGAGGACAUUGAUCGGCCAAGCACACACUAUGACGCAAGUGAACUCGCCGGACCCCGACGACGGAAUACCGAAACAUUUGUCGAAUUAGUCGAGAGAGAGGGAUACAUCGCCGAGGAACAUGAAGUGACGACCGAGGAUGGGUACAUUCUGUCGAUACACAGAAUACCGGGUGGCCCUAAGUCACCGAUGGCACGUGGGAAAUCACCCGUCGUACUCAUACACGGACUUUUAGCAGCCUCGGACAUUUGGGUUCUACGGGGCCCGGAACACGAUCUUGCGUAUCAGCUGGUGGACAAUGGUUAUGACGUGUGGGCAUUGAAUUCACGAGGAAAUUACUAUGGCAAGCGUCACAAGUACUUGUCAGUGAAAGAGUCCCAUUUUUGGCGGUUCAGUUGGCACGAAAUCGGUACUUUCGACAGCGCAGCAUCGAUUGAUUAUAUUUUAUCGUUGACGGGAAUGCCGAGGGUCUCAUUGGUCGGUCACUCAAUGGGCAGCACGGUCGAGUUGGUUCUCCUUUCGAAAAAGCCGGAAUACAACGACAAGAUCCACGUUGCCUUGACGUUUGCACCGGUCGCUAUAUUCACCCACUCACUGCCGGGUCUCGUCAGCAAGCUCGGUAUUCGUUUCGGUAAACACAUAGAGGAAGCGCUGAAGCUUCUCGACAUGUUCGAGCUGUUUCCACGCGACGGAAUGGACCUCACGUUCUACGUCUCCUUUUGCCAGCGUCCGAGGAUUCGAGUGUUAUGUCAGAGCCUCGCUUCGUAUCUCUUCGGGCUGACGAAUUGCGAGGAAUUUGACGUGUCGAUGCUGCCACGUCUGCUGAAUCACUAUCCUCAAGGAACCUCCAUCGAGACGCUGCUGCAUUAUAGACAAAUUGUUAUGAGCGGAAAGUUUAAGCAGUACGACUUUGGGCCAAUGAGCAAUUAUCUUCGUUACAAGAGUUUCGCCCCACCGGAAUAUCCGCUCGAGAACAUAACGGCACCGCUGGUACUUUAUUACGCUCCGAACGAUCCUUACACCACAAAGAAGGACACAGAAGCUGUACUAACGAAAAUCCCAAACGCCAUAUCGAGAGAGAUUCCCUACUCUAACUUCGGGCAUCUCGAUUUCCUAUUCCUCAAAGACACGAAGAGGCUGCUCUACGACGACGUUAUCGAGGUGCUGGAUGGCUACAGGACGAUCGGAUUCAAUGGGCUUGGAAGAGACGUCACUCUCCUCGUGCGGAGUCACUGCAUCUCGUUGGAAAUGUCGACGACACAGCGAGCUCUCGUGAAUCAUAUUUUUCUGGCUAUCCUCGCGGCCUGCACCACCACCGAGGCAUUCAACGACAGGAAUCCUGAUAUUGACCUCAAAACGCCGGAGCUGGCUACUAAGUACGGUUAUCCUUUGGAAGCUCAUAAAGUCGAGACAGCGGAUGGCUACGUGCUCGAAAUCCAUCGCAUUCCUCAUGGACGCAUAGAGGAGAGUCGGUGGCAGCGGGAUGCUGGAAAAGUACCGAUUCUUCUGCAACACGGUUUGGCGGGGAGUUCGGCCGAUUGGGUUAUUUCAGGUCCUGGAAAAGCUCUCGCGUACAUCCUGGCGGAUGAAGGAUACGACGUUUGGUUGGGAAAUAAUCGUGGAAACAUCUAUUCGCGUCAGAACCGUUUUCUAGUGCCGGAGAAUCGCACGUUUUGGAACUUCAGCUUCCACGAGCUAGGCGUUUACGAUCUACCGGCAACCAUAGAUCACGUUUUAAAAGUAACGAGGCGACAAAGACUCCUUUACAUCGGUCAUUCUCAGGGUUCGACCCAGUUUUGGGUAAUGACCUCGGUCAGACCGGAAUACAAUGAUAAAGUCGCACUGGCUAUUGGCCUCGCACCCGCAGCCUUCACCGGUAAUCUCCGAGGACCGAUUACCCAACUCGCUAGACUCACGUACUUCGGUGUGUGGGUCGGCGAGAGGUUUGGUUGGCCGGAGCUGGGCUCGAGAUCCGAGUGGGGAAAAUUCGUCUCGAGCUUCUUGUGUCACGAAGGUGCGCCCACCCAGGUUCUGUGCAGCAAUACACUUUUCCUGGUGGCUGGAUACAGUCAAGGCGAACUGGAUUUGGCGAACUUGACUGUCAUCAUCGGCCACGUGCCCGCAGGAGCAUCUUGGAAACAACUCGUGCACUUUGGGCAAGGCUACAUGCGUCCAGGAACUUUCAGAGCUUUCGAUUACGUCGAUAAGAAAAAAAAUUUGAGACUGUACGAUUCUCCUAUACCGCCUGAUUACGAGUUGGAUAAAAUAACCGCUCCGGUUGCCCUCUUCAGCAGUGAUAACGAUCGACUCGCUACACCGGAGGACGUCGGCUUACUGAGCUUGAAGUUAAGGAACAUCGUGCUCAAUGAGAAAGUGCCAUCGAAUAACUUCAACCAUUACGACUUCCUAUGGGGAAAAACAGCUCCGCAGAUGAUAUACGAGAAAAUACUUCGAUUACUGGAAAAAUAUCGGAGAGAAUUGAUCGAAAAGUAUGGAUAUCGAGGCGAAACGCACCAAGUGACAACCGAGGAUGGCUAUGGACUGGAAGUACACAGAAUCACGGGGACGAACUCGAAUCCUGGAUCGAAAGGAAAACAGCCGAUUUUGUUGAUGCACGGAUUGCUCACUAGCUCGGUCGAUUGGAUUAUCACGGGUCCUGGCAGAGCUCUCGGAUACAUUUUGGCCGACGAAGGAUACGAUGUUUGGAUGGGAAAUAAUCGAGGCAAUACUUUUUCCCGUGAGCACAAAAAGUAUUCGGUAUUGGAGGAGGAUUACUGGAAAUUUUCGUGGCACGAGGUUGGAUGCAGCGAUCUUCCGGCGAUGAUAGAUUACAUUUUGAUAAAAACGAAUAAAACUGAGCUCAUCUAUACGGGCCACAGUCAGGGGACGACAGAUUUUUGGCGCAGUUUUCGAAUAACCUUGAAGUACGAUGAUAAUCCGAUGGAAAAUGAGAAGGAAAUAAAAUUUAAAAAAAACUCAAGUUUUUUCAAAUUUCUACCGAAUUUUCCGACAAUUUUCUUUCAGAAAUUGAUGAGCCUCAUUGGGUUGUACGAGUUCGAGCCAACGAGCGAGCUGUUGAAAGAAUUAAUAUCAUUCGUAUGUGAGAAUGACUCUCCGCUGCAACGGGCAUGUGAAAACAUCAUUUUUCUCGUAUCCGGAUUCGGCUCGGAUCAGCUCAACACGACUAUGCUCACAUCGAUACUGGCCCACGUACCGGCGGGUGCCUCCGUCAGGCAAAUUAUUCAUUAUGGCCAAGUGGUCAAAUCCGGAAAAUUUCAACAGUACGAUCAUGGCUGGGUGAAAAACUGGAGAAAAUACAAAAGCUUGAGACCCCCGCUGUACGACCUUUCGAGAAUCAAAGUCCCGGUAUCUUUGCAUUACGCAUCCAACGACUGGUUGUCUGAUCCAAGGGACGUCGACCAUUUAUACCGGGAGUUGGGCAAUCCAAUCGGCAAAUUCAGGGUGCCUCAUGAAAGCUUCGGACACAUUGAUUUCCUGUGGGCAAAAGACGGCAAGGAAUUACUGUACGAUAAGAUUGUUAGUUUGAUGAAAAAGUACGCGAAUUGAGGCACGAGACAUGACGAUUUCGAGAAACUUUCAUUCGCCAAAAGUUUAUUUCUAUUUCGGGUUAUUCGAUCGAAAAAAAGCAUUAAUCGAAAAGCUUUUUCACCUCGAACGUCGAAGUUUCAG